AAAACGACUAUUAAUGUUUCUCACAUUUAGCUCUUUUUAAAAAAAUAUUUCCCGCGUAACCUUGUUGUUAUGGAAAUUUGGCCCCCAGCAGACCCAUAUAGAAAGAAUUGCAUAAAUUAGUGAGAUAAUUUCGACUUGCGAACUGCAUUUUAGAGAUAUUUGCUUUCCUAAUGUAAGGUUACGUGAGCGCGCAUCAGCUAAGGCGCGGCGGUGGUUCUUUGAGCGCGUGCUCCCGACAUUAGCGUGCACGAGGCAGGCUGACACCUUUAGCGGUCUGCUAAAUCACCGCAAUGGAGCAGGAGUAAAGAGGGAGGGCGGAGGACACCGGCUGCCCUGCCUCCAACCCGCAUGUGAGCAGACACACAGCAGGAAGGCAGAGCUCCGUCAUCACAGGGCAACAAAGGGAUGCACGCUUCACCCAAAGCAUCACAUAAGUAAGAUUAUUCCUGCACUUUUCUGCUCCUGGAUUCCGUUUGAUCGCAUCUCCCCUCACCUUAAAGAUAUAAAUAGCACAACAUGGAGCUGGAGCACUUUGAUGAGCGGGACAAGGCUCAAAGAUACACCAGACGGGGCUCAAGAGGUAAUGGUCUCCCCAGUCCCACUCAUAGUGCUCACUGCAGCCUGUACAGAACCAGGACACUGCAAGCUCUGAGCUCAGAAAAGAAGGCCAAGAAGAUCCGUUUCUACCGCAAUGGUGACCGCUAUUUCAAAGGGAUAGUGUAUGCCAUUUCUCAGGAGAGAUUUAGGUCCAUAGAAGCCCUCCUUGCAGACCUCACAAGAUGUCUGUCAGAUAAUGUCAAUUUGCCCCAGGGAGUCAGGACCAUUUAUACCAUUGAUGGGGAAACCAGGAUUACCAGCAUGGACCAGCUGGUUGAAGGUGAGAGUUACGUCUGUGCAUCUAUAGAGCCCUUCAAAAAGCUGGAGUACACAAAGAAUGUAAAUCCCAACUGGUCAGUAGGUGCCAGGACUGCAGUGUCUGCUCGUGAUCCGUCUUCUCUCGGUAGUGCCAAGGCUGGGUCCCCAGAAACCAGGGAGAGCAAAGACUUCAUAAAGCCCAAACUGGUAACGAUUGUCCGAAGCGGUGUAAAACCUCGCAAGGCUGUGCGCAUCUUGCUCAACAAGAAGACUGCACACUCCUUUGAGCAAGUCAUGACUGACAUCACAGAUGCCGUGAAGCUGGACUCUGGAGUUGUCAGAAGAAUAUACACCAUUGAUGGCAAAAUGGUCACAUGUCUUCAAGAUUUCUUUGGGGAAGAUGACAUAUUCUUUGCUUGUGGCCCUGAGAAGUUCCGCUACCAAGAUGAUUUCAGUUUGGAUGAAAAUGACUGCAGGGUGACUAAAUCAUCAUCGUACGGUCGGCUCCCUUCAAUUCAUGGUCGCUCUUCCCCAAGAGGUGGUGGGAUUUCCCUCCGAAGUAAGUCUCCCUCUUCUCCUGGCUCAACUAAUGGGACAGCAGGCAGUCAGCUGUCCACACCUCGUUCUGGAAAGUCUCCAAGUCCCUCUGCAACUAGUCCAGCUAGCCUCAGAAGACGGCAGGGCUCUCUACACAGUGGAUCUUCACUCUCAUUAGCCUCUACUAAGAUAUGCAGCUCAAUGGAUGAAUGGGAUGGGCCCAGUAAUGAAGCUGAACAUUUGGAGGAGGGCUCCUCGUUUCCUGGCUCCAUAGCAGACCGGUACAAAAUUGGAAGGGUUUUAGGUGAUGGGAACUUUGCUGUGGUUCGAGAGUGUGUGGAAAGAUCAACUGGUAGAGAGUAUGCUCUCAAAGUCAUUAACAAAGAGAAAUGCAAGGGAAAGGAGCACAUGAUACAGAGUGAAGUAUCCAUCCUUCGGCGUGUGAAACAUCCAAACAUUGUGCUUUUGAUUGAGGAAAUGGACACUCGCAGUGAGCUUUAUCUUGUUAUGGAGCUGGUUAAGGGAGGAGAUCUCUUUGAUGCCAUUACGUCUUCCAACAAAUACACCGAGCGUGAUGCCAGCUGUAUGCUGUUCAACUUGGCAAGUGCCAUCAAGUACCUUCACAGUCUCAAUAUUGUCCAUAGAGACAUCAAACCAGAAAAUCUGUUGGUGUACGAGCAUCAGGAUGGCAGCAAAUCUCUGAAGUUGGGCGAUUUUGGCCUGGCUACUGUUGUCAAUGGUCCCCUGUAUGCUGUUUGUGGAACACCUACCUAUGUAGCACCAGAGAUUAUUGCUGAAACAGGUUACGGCCUUAAAGUUGACAUUUGGGCUGCUGGAAUCAUCACUUACAUACUGCUCUGUGGCUUCCCCCCUUUCCGUAGCUCCGGUGAAGACCAGGAGGCCCUUUUUGAACAAAUUUUGAAGGGCGAGCUUGACUUUCCAGCACCAUUCUGGGACAAUAUUUCUGCCUCUGCAAAGGCUCUGAUCAGUGGGAUGCUGCAGGUAGUGGUGGAGCAGAGAUACACAGCUGUGCAUGUGAUUGAUCACCCCUGGGUCAAUGGUGAUGGUUUAUCAGAGAGGGAACACCAACUUCCUGUGGCUGGAAAAAUAAAGCAACAUUUCAACUAUGGACCCAAGAUCAGCAACACAACAGCUGGAGUUUCAGUGAUUACACCGCACCAGGACUUAACCCUGCAGAAGUCAGGGUCUUUGGACCAAAACCAGCAUCCAGGAUUAUGUUGGAUAAGGCCACGCCACUUGAUAAAAAGGAGCAAGUUUUCCGACGAAGAUGCCACCAGGAUGUAAAGCACGCUCCCAACUUCCCACACAGCACUAACCCCAUCGUGUCCCCUGCUGGGCUCACUCCCAAGUCUGAAGAUGGUUCUCCGAGUUCGGCUCACACUGUUCGCUCACCCACUUCUCCGUUGUAACAAGUUUCUGGAGAUCAAGGCCUAGUCUGAAAAAUCUAAGAUAUGGUCAAACUGCUGUCCAUCGCUGUUCAUUGAUACUGUUUAUAAAAUAAAACUCAUGAAUAGUAAAGUUUAAUAGCAUGCAAGAACAUUAAAGUGGGUAAAUCAUGUGAUUUGAACGAUUCUCUUGAGGCAUCUCUGUGAAAUUCCAUGUUCAUAACAACCUAACCUGUACUUAUUUAUGGAAAGGCCAGACCCAAAACAGCUUUUCUUCUGCACAUUUUUUUUAUAUCUUCUGAAUGUUGAUUUUACAAAUGUGUGCUUGAGCCUAAAUGUGGGACAAAGACAGCAGAAAUGUUUGAGCGUAUGCCACUGUGUUGAUUCAAUUUGCAAAUGGAGAAUUUUUUAAAAAGUGGCUGAAUGUUGUCUAGAUGUAACAGAAUAUUGCCACGUUUGUCUCUCUCAAAGCAGCACUUGUCCUGAAAAAACUAUUACUCUGUACUUUAGAGCCCUCUGGUGGUUAGAUUACAUAUUGUUGGGAGAAUUACUAGAAAUUAUUUUCUAAAGGAAACGUUAGUAGGUUCUAUAACAUAACAUUUCAAUCUGAUUCACAUCUUUCAUUAACAGUGUGACUCCUUGAUUGCCUUGUUUUGGGGCGACACUUAUUUGUCGUGUAGUCAGUCAUUUGAAAGAAACAUUAAUGUGUGAUGAGCCUUUUUCAAAGUAGGGACGUUUUGAGCUUUUUCUAUGGUGUGUUUUGCUGUAAUGCUGGGGUGCAGAUGAAUGUUGGUGCUGAGCAGUCAAUGACAUUUCUAUUGAAGGUAUUGCUUUGGCACAAAAUAACUAGCCCCAUUAAAAAAAAAUGGGGAGACCACGGAGAAUGUCCCCAGACAGAGCAAUUGCUGUAACAUUGAUUAUGUUCACAUGUAAAAAUUCAACAGUUCUUCCUGUCAAACUUACUUUAAGCUUAAGCAAUGAUUUCAUUCAUCAAAAAACUCCCAUCAUCUCUGUGUGAUGUUCUUUUGACCGAAGCAGUACCUGUGCUGGCUUCUGUUUGUUGAACAUUUGAGCGUGUUUUAGUUUUGGGGAUGGGGAAUGUCACCAAGAGCUGCAUUUUUCUGUCUAUUUUUUUGUGUGUUCUUGAGGUGCUAUAUAAAAAAUGGUUGAAGUGUGAA